AUGAAACCACGCCCUUGCGGCUGCAAAGGUUGCAGAACAUGUUUGAUCUGUGAGACGCUUUAUGGUGCUGAAAACUUUAAACUUUCAUUAAAUCUUGACAAGGAAAAAGGCUAUGUAUAUUGUCCAUUCUGUAACAAAGCGUGGCCUGGAUGGGAAAUAGAUGUAUAUAAACAGCAUCCUAAUCACAUCGGUGAACCUAUUAAUUACCCUGGAGUAUACAUCCAAGUAGACUUCAUAACAGAAGAUGAAGAAAACGAACUUAUUAAAUGCAUAGACGAAGUACCGUGGGAUAUAUCGCAGAGCGGCAGGCGUAAGCAGAACUAUGGCCCGAAAACUAAUUUUAAAAAGAAAAAGAUUAUUCCCGGCAACUUUGAUGGAUUUCCUCAUUUUUCUAAGUAUUUACAAGAUAAAUUUGACUCAAUAGACUUGUUAAAAGGAUUUCAGGUAAUUGAGCAAUGCUCUUUAGAAUAUGACCCUAGCAAAGGUGCGUCAAUAGAUCCUCAUAUAGAUGACUGUUGGAUAUGGGGUGAGAGAGUUAUCACUGUUAAUUGUUUGUCAGAUUCAGUUCUCACAAUGACCCUAUUCAAAGGAGAUACCAAAAAAUAUAAUCUGUGUUGUGCAGAUGAAUAUUACCCACUUGUUAUGCCUGAUGGAGGUAUUGAUUUAGAAUUUAAAAAUAAAGAAAAGACUAUGUUAGAAGCCAGUAAACCUGCUGAGGAAACAGAUGCUAUUAUAAGGAUUCCAUUGAUAAGAAGAUCCAUAAUUGUUCUUUACGGUGAAGCAAGGUAUCAUUGGGAGCAUUGUGUACUUCGUGAAGACAUUACAUCUCGAAGAGUAUGCAUAGCAUACAGGGAAUUUACUCCUCCAUAUCUAGCUAAUGGAAGCUAUGAACAUAUAGGGGAUGAGAUAACAAAAAGGGCUAAGCAAUUUUGGGAUCACACAAUUAAAUAUAAAAGUAAUGCUAAAGAAAUAAAAGUAUGA